AUGGCUCCAGGCUCUCAGAGAUUCCCUCUCACCUUUCUCCAGGGCGUGGGAUCUGUCUUCUUCUUCUUCUUACUUCAGAUCAUCUCUGUUCAGGCUGAUGGCAAAGUGUUUGCACUUGAGUCCAAGAACAACUCUCAGGGUCUGGAUUUAGCCGAAGCUGAGAAAGCCUGUGUUGACCUGAGUGCUCGCCUAGCAACUGCAGAAGAGCUGAAAAGGGCUGUUCUGGACUGUUCUUUUGCUGGCUGCACCACAGGAUGGCUCGCCAGCGGCUCUGCUGGGACAAUUAUAUGCAGAAAGACGGGCAGCAAACAGCAGAGCGUGAAAGCCAUUGAUGUUAGAAUUGAAACCGAUCCCUUUGUGAAUGACCAAUAUGAUGCUUUUUGUGUAAAGGAUGAAGACAAGCCCUGUGGGGACCCACCAUCCUUCCCCCACACCAUCCUGCACGGCCACACUGGCUUUGACAUGGGGGACGAGCUGCUGUACGUCUGUGCCCAGGGCUAUGCCAUGGGCAACAAGGAGUCGGCGUUCACGCUGCUCUGCGACAGCUGCGGGGAGUGGUACGGCCAGGUCCAGGCCUGCGUCAAAGAUGAAACCGAGGCACACAUUGACUAUGAAGAUAACUUUCCCAUUGACAGAUCAAUUCCUGUUGCUGAGAAUGACCAUGGCAAUGGCAAAGAGGAAAUUGAGCAGGAGCAAAUACAGCUUUCCUUCAGUGAGGAAGGAAGAACUGGGAGUACCAAUGGGGUUACUCAGCACACAGACAUUGCUGAAAAGGGAAGCAGGGCACCCACUGAGUCCCCUGUGUCACUCCUCAGCCAAAAAAACUUGUUUUGGUUUCCAUCAGAAACUUUCAGUGAGCCCGAACCAGAGAAAGAGACAGAUGAUUCCACUAAAGCACAGUUUUCUGAAGGUGAUAACCACAUUGGUGUGAAGACAGUCUAUGAUGAACCUGGUGCCAAAAUGUUUUAUGACAGUGAGGAUUUCCCCAUUGGACCCAUUCUCACAACCAAUGAUACAAAGACAGCGAUGGGUGCGGUUGCCAUCACUGACGAGUCGUGGUUGGAUGGAUACCCAGUAACACAAGAGGUGGUGGAGGAUGAUGAAGAGGGUGAUAAAGUCGAUGGUUCCAUGGGAACAGAAGAUGACAUCAUCCUCACCACGGACCAGCCAAAUCACGUGGAAGUAAGAAAAUCAGGAAAUGGCAGCCCAGCUCCAGAGGAAGGUCUGACAGAGAUUGUGGCAGCAACAACAGCGGCAGGUGAUGAAGGGGCUGAAGAGACAGCAGUGCCACCUACAUCAGUGAGUGGUCUGGAGAGCUUCAGUGUCAGCAGGGGUUAUGAUGAUGCUGUGUGGGAACAUCUGGCAACAUCUCUGGAAACUGUGACUCAGGAGCCCACUACAACGAUGCUGUUUGACAUCAGCAGCUUAACAACAUCCAUGUCAGAGACCUCUGUGACCGUCAGCCCCUCUGAUCACACUCCAUACACAGAACCAAGAGACAUGACCACCUACCCAGAACAAGUAGCAACCACUGCACCAGCUCCAGACAUCAUUACUGACACAGCGACCCAGGACUUAGCUGAGCAAGAAAAUCUCACCCAGGGCCUUGGAGAAAAGCCUGGCCCCACUUCUGAGCCAUGUGAGGGAGAGGAUUGUCCCAAGUCCACUAAAGGUGCUAUCAUAGCAGUAAUAGUGAUUCUUCUCUGCUUGUUACUGGUUGCAGCUGUUCUGGCAGUGUGGUUUUUCAAAAAAAGGCAGCAGAAAAAUUCUGUUUAUAAACUAAAUGGAAGGUGUCAGCCCAGACAUCACUGUUACCACCACUACCACCACCAGCACAUCGAAAUGCAGAAGGUCUAA